AUGGUUGGUGUAAAUGAUUACAUAUCUCCCCAUGAUGCAGCACUAGCUGUUGUAGCCACUGCGAUGAAGAAGUCGAGAUUGCAUAUAGAUACAUUGAUAAUAAAUUCUUUUCUAGGUGGAACAUUUUUCACUUGUGGUGGUCUAUUAAAUCUAGCAGUACAUAGCGAUAAUCCAAAUUUAUUUAGUAAUAACCCAGGUAUUUUAAAUGCAAUAUCUGGGGUAACGUAUGGGAUUGCACUAUAUUUUGUUGUAAUUACAGGUGCAGAUCUAUUUAAUUCCAAUAUACUUUUCUUUUCAGUGGCCCUUUGUCGUAGGGCAGUUACGAUAUUUGAUCUUUUAAUAUCUUGGUUUGUCAGUUGGAUAGGUAAUAUAGCAUCAUCGCUAUUGAUUUCCUAUCUUUUUGGCUAUCUCUCAGGUAUUGGUAAGACUAAAUUGUGGAAAGAAACCUCCAAGACACUUAUAGAAGAGAAGGCAUCAUUUUCAUUCAUUGAAACUUUCUUGAAAGGUAUAGGAGGAAAUUUCCUUGUGAGUUUAGGAAUAUACUUACAACUUAUGGCAAGACCAAUUCAUGUCAGACUGAUAGUGUUGAUAUUACCUAUUUUUACAUUUACCACCAUUGGGUUCACACAUGUCAUAGGUGAUAUGGCAAUUGCAUAUAUAGGAAUGUUCAAUGGUGGAAAUGUUUCAGUAGGAGAAUAUAUUUGGAAAUUAUUAAUUCCAGCAUCAGUUGGGAACAUAAUUGGAGGGUCAGUGUUUGGGAUAGUAGUACCAUUUUACUUGCAUUUAAUUGUAGUUGAAAGGGAUGUCAAAGAACUUGAUUUACCAAAUUACGAUACAAGAGAUGUUCAACCGGAAUUAAAUACCGAUUCAAGAAUAGUUAGAGUUCCAAACAAAGUUCCAAACAAAGUUCAUCCCGAUAUAUCAGGCUCUUUAAAUAUAAAAUCUUAUCAAAAUGAUAGUAAUAAUAACGGUGAUGAGGUAACACAUAUAUCAACAAGUUCAUUUUCUGAUAGCAUUAGUAGAACUACUACAGAUGAUGUGUCAUUAAUCAAUUCAGUACAAGCAUAUACCACAGGAGUUGCAAAUAGUAUCACCAACGAUGACACUAAUGAGCUACGGCAAACCAGGACUCAAAUGACACAGAAUUCGUCAAGAGCAGGUGCUAAUUAUAGUUCAACAUUAUCAAGAUCACCACCAGGGGUAUUCCCAGUGUUUGGGAUGGGUGAACCAUUAACCAGAGAGAAAACCAUUCAGAAUUCAACGUAUCGACCGGCACCACAACCUAAUACGCUAAUAGCAUCAUCAUCAACAACAUCAUCCGCUAAUAUUUUAAACAAGCAUGUAUCAAAUAAUCGAAUAAACUCAUUACUCCCAUCAAAUACUUGGUCUAAUGAUAAAGAACAAGAAAAGGAGCAAGUACAACAACAACAACAGUACCAAGAAUAUUACAACAAUAGUAAUAAUAGCAUUAACCAAUAUGAUGUUCUUAAUAAGAGACCUGGUGCAAGACUUAAAAGAGCAUUAAGCAUAAUUAGUGCAGCUACCACCAGCAGCAAUACUAAUAGUAAUCAUGAUAGAGAAACUUCAAAUUCUCGACUACCAACUACAAAUCAAGACCUUCCAUAUCUUAAAGAAGCAAAUAUCAAAUCAAUUAGGAAACCAAAAGCUUCAAAACAGAAGAUGAACCCUAUGAAUACGAUAUCAAGACAAUUCAGUAAAGCUAACCACUAG